AUUCUUUAGUCGGUGCCAGCAUUUCAGAUCGUUACGACAGCGUUCUCGGAGGCCCCCCGGAGAAAAAGCGAAAGGACAAACCAGCAAGUGGUUCUUUGAAGAAAGCGUGCCCAAAGACGAACAGUUCUAGGAUUUUCCUGCAGACUUAAAGUUCUCUAUCGAUACUGCCAAGUUGUCUAGCUGGUUCCGAUUGCAAAAGCACGGUAUUCAGUGUCUGUAUUUAAGUGUUGACCAAAAAUUAGUACAAAUUAACCGUUAAGUACCUGAGAAAGAAGCGCCUCGCAUCAUCAUGUCAGCAUCACCGAUCGCCCGUCAAGCCUGCAGCCAGAUGCAGGCCAUUCCAUCGAAGCGAGUUCUCAUCCAUGACGCCUCAGAGCUACCGGACCUGUACUCUUCCACGCCCGGUGGUACGCUGUACUCGACCACACCAGGAGGUACCCGCAUCGUCUACGAGCGUGCCUUCCUGAUGAAUCUGAAAAACUCCCCGCUUGCCCGUACUCCACCGUCCAAUCUGAACAAUCUGCCCCACAACAUUCUGCGAAACAGCCCGAAGGGAGCGGUCAGCAACAAACCGAAACCGACGCACAACCAAAGCCAGAACUCGCCGCCGAAAUUCGACGACCAUCAGGAGCAGUUCGAUAUGGACCUGUAAGCGGUCGCGUUUUCGUCCGGGUUGAGAAUCCCUCGGCACAGAGCGGGCUCUUUGUUAUAUUGGAUUAAAAAUAAGUCUACAUUAAGUUUAUUCACGAUAUAAACUUUAUAAGUUUAUGCUAUUUUAAUGUCGGUAAGGUUAAUGUUAGAAAAAAAACCUGCUCUGCUACAAACGGACGCUAGUUGGGAGGACGUGGCUGCAGCAACACGUUUGUUCGAGAAAAUCCAGUAUGAAGACUGCUAGAUACAUCAUCAGAGCCAAUUAUCUGAAAGGUCGAAAAAAAUCUAAAGCGAAGACAGUGAGUACUUAGAUGUCCUUCGGAUACGUUUAGGGAGACUUGUUUCCACUGUAUUGUCAAUCGAAGUAUCCUGUCUUUUCAUAUUCCCGGCGGUAACUUUUCGAAUAAUCGCGGGAUGUUUGUGAUAGCGGAUGGCCGAUCGUCUGAUCGGAACAUUCAUUUCUAAUAUUAGUUUGGAGGUAAAAGUAAAUUACAGCUGUUCAGAGGACACCUAAAUUGCUAAGUAUCUAGAAUGCAAGAAUGAAGCUCCAACUCGUUUCACGAAUGGAGUAAAAACUUGAAUCAUUUUUCGUUAUUAGAAUAACAUUUCCUUAUGCUAAACAUUUAUGGUUCAGAUAUUUUAUGUAUAAACAUAGUCUGCAAUUGCAAAGUCAAUCCAAACAUCAAACGUAGGCAACGAACGGUUAGUCACGGCUUGAUAUUUUGUAUAAGUAACACUAAUGUUCAUGAGUUAACGGAAACGUAUCCAAUACAACUUUCACUACUAUAGCAGAGACCGGAGAUGUUACAAGUCACAGUUUGAAUCUAAUUUCAAAAAACUACUUCUUACAACCAUGAUGCAAUGAUAUUUUAUUAAUAACACAAAUAAACACAUAAAGAUAUAAAACCAUAA